AUGUUUGUUCCUGACUUCAUGCUGGAUUGCCGCACCGGUCUUGGAUACCCCCAAGCGGGCAAUCCAAGUGCCAUCUUGCAGAAUACCCUCUCAUCAAAUUCCUCUUGUCCUUCCCCCCACAGACUGUGUCUAUUUUACCAGAUCGCCUCGUGUACGGGAGGUCUAUCUCGCGCUCUAAUCGGAAGACAUUGAUCGCUGGGCGCCAGGAAACUUGCAAACCGCCCAUUUGCUCAUUUACUCGACCGCCCUCAAUAUCCUUUCGGCGCCGGAGGCAGGGUUAGACCGUCCUGAGAUCACCUCCCAAACCUCCCCUUCCUUCCUGACCUCAUCUUCAUCCCCGCAGGCCAUUUCAUUUCUCUUUUUUCUCCUUUCUUUUUCUGCCUUGGAUUUCUGGGGUACUUUUUAACGAUUGAUGUUCGCGUCGCGCUCGCCUGUUGGGAUGUACGGCCGCGCACUUGCACUGUUUGGUGUCUGUCUCGCUCUGUGCAUCAAGCAGUGCGAGGCGGCAGACCCUGAACAUACCUUCCAGUGGGGAUUCGCCAAUAACCUGGCCACGGAUGAUUUUGCUACUUGCCAAAAUGUACCCAUCGAAGUGGUGUCACUGUACUCGAACGACACUUCUGCAUUAGGAACUCCUCCGUAUACCAUGAUCGCUUUCGAGCUUGGGGGAAUCCCUACCGUUCAGAACAUCGGGUCCGAUCCCAAGAAUUUGACUUGGCAAGUGAACCAUGCUACAGGAUCUACACUAAUGUUAACCAUCAUCGACUCCAAGAAUGAUACUGGAGGCAUCCCAAUGCAGCUGUACAACGUUGUUGACGGUUCAUCGACUUCCUGCAUUCCGUCAAAACCUGAUCUCUCCUCUGUUGCAUCGCUCUCUCCUAAUGUAACCGAUAACCUGGAAACCUGCGCGUGCUGGGGUCUGACAGUCACUGGCGGCACUAAACCGUAUACCAUUGUACUCUCUGCUCUCGAUUCGCCCGUAAUCACCACGGUACCGAUGGGUGAUGGCGACGACGUUUACACUUUCCCUAAUCGGGCUGAUCCAAACGGACAGUUAAUGGCUUCCAUAUAUGAUGCUACCGGUGUUUGGGGCGUAUCAACGAAGACUGUUCACACCUUUGGAUCGACUGAUGUGGAUUGUCCUGGGUUGAUCUCCAAUUCGAAGACUAAAGCUCAAGUAGAAAAGCAGCAAGCAGACGCUGCUGCGCAACUAGCAGCUGAGAAUCGAAGCCAUCGCAGGACUUUGAUUCUUGGGGUGGUGCUUGGUAUCACACUUCCUUUAAUCCUAAUAACCGCAGUUGCCAUUUGGUGGUGGCGUCGUCGCAAGUUGCUCACCGAUCAUUCGCGAGGCAUUUGGGAUGGUCAAGACACGGUCGUACGAGCUUGGGACGUGCCGGCUCGCGCACCGGAUGGCGAACAGCCAGGAACCGGGCACACAGAAAUGCGUGAGGCGCCCUCACCACCAUUCUCUUCGCCAUCGGCUAAGAACUUGUCAUCUUAUGCUGCCAACAUUGGUACGAAUGGUUAUACAGUCCCUCUUUUGUCGCAUUCACUAUCCGCCGGCACAACUUCCGAUUACUCCCCUGCAUUGUCAAGUUCAGAUGCUGGUCCCUCUUCCGGCGACUAUUCGAACUUUGGGUUCUCAGCUGCUACGGCUACAACAGAGCUCUCGGCUGCUCGACGCAAGGCAUUAGAAGCCCAUGGCGAGCGGUUAUCGGGUCUUCAUAGUCAGGGUUCCUCAGCGUCGUUACGCCAUAUAGCUUCAGGAAGUUCGCAACUUCCUCCUGGUGCAUCACCAGCUGCGACGCCGGGCCUGAGUAUGGCGUCCCUGGAUCCAGAUGUGCAACCAGAUAUCAUCAUUCAGCAUCACGACGGAGGGGCAGGUGUUGUUCACGAGUUGCCGCCACCAUAUAUCGACAGAUCUGCUGGAGGUGCGGGAAAGCGACAAUCUGAAACCGAGUGAUGGCAUGGCAGGUAUAUAUUUCCGGACUGGUGAUAUGUGGUAGUCGAUGUAGAGUGGGUGACCACAUGAUGACCUGUUACGAUUCUGACUUUAUUCCUAAAUGUUUUACUUUUGGCCAUUUGUGGGGACAAUGCCGAUGCGUCGAAAUGUACUACUAGUACCUUCGCAUCGUCAUGGCCUCCCAUGUUUUCUCAGCGACGUUCAGCUCUGUAAUGGUUCGACUGUGAUCUAUUUCGCUCCUUUGUAUAUAGCCACUAAUGCCAUUGGUUCAUGGACAUGA